CUUAAAACACUGUUCCUAGCCCUUCAUCACUUCUGAUGUUGAAAAAAGGAACGUACAAAAUUGAAAACAUAAUAAACAUCAGUGCAUCCUUACAAAAUCAAAAAAGGAAUCAUAACGAUCAAUCACAGUCAACAGCUAAAUUAAUAUUUAAAGCUGUCCUAUCAAGCGAUAAUUCAAUGAUCGUGUCGUACUUUAUCGAUCAUAUUACACCGGGAAAAGCAUCUAUUAUCGAGAUAUGUAACAAUGUAAAGUAUCCUUUGCUGAGAAAAAAUGAUUAUGUGGUGAUUGAACACCAAAAGUAUGCAGAUGAUGAGGAACUGAUCGAAGUAUUAUUGGAGAGAAAAAAAUGAAUAAAAUGCAUUGUUUUAAUAGAAUAA